CGAUAACUUUAUCGUGUCGUGAAGUUCGCCCGAUCCGAGACAGCUUAACAAAAAACGUGUUUAAUAAAUUAGCAAGAACCGUGAAUAUAUUUGGUCAUCAUAUAUGUACAUGCAUAUGCAGAUCGCAAAUAUAACAAAAGAAAUAUAUAAAAUUACAAAACAAGAAACCAAAUACAAUAAAAGUGUGCGGAAAAAGUUUUGCGUCGCAGCUGUAAAAAAUACUAAAUAGCCAAAAAGGAAAAGCAAAGUGAAAAAAGCGCCUGGCAAUUGAUAAUUGUAUAAAUUCACACAGCAAAGGCAUUUCUUAUGCUUUUUUUCUUUCUGAUAAUUUGAUAACAAUAAGAAGCGGCUGCUAUAAUAAUAAAUAGGCGCUGACUACGCCGAUGAGCGCGUCACAAUUGUGACUCGGCAGUGUGUGUUUUCAUGUGUGUGCGUGCGUGCGGCCGUCGGAGAUGCGCGAAAAUGUCAAUUAAUUGCUCACAGCGACGACGACGACAGCAACAACAACAAGCAUAGUAACCGCGGCAACGUCGACGGCGGCAGCGGCGGCGAUUGCAAAAAUCUACACGGCGCAAAUAUAAACGUGGGGCCAAAAGGUGCGAAUGAAGCGCAAGAAAAAGAAAAAUCAAUAGACAACCGAAUGCAAAAAUGUGUCGAUAUUAUUGUUAUGCUUCUUGUUAUGCCGAAAAUCAAAAAUGCUAUAGAACAGCCAAUAGAAGGAAUAAGAAUAAUAACAACAACAGCGCUAUUAAUAAAUAAUAUCGCAGUCGCGACGCCUACGCUAAAUGAAGCGUUGCAUAUGCCAAAUUGCGUAAUUCUAGCCAUAAAAAACGGCCAAAACUGAAACUCCGUCAGGUUGACUUUAGAACUCAGCUUAAAGUUCACCAAUCCUCUCACCUUGUCAGUGAGUCUGUGUGCGUGAUUGUGUGUGGUUGUGUGUUUACUAUCGUGUAAAUUCGGCUCGUGCUCUCUGCCGCGAGAGUGAGUGUCUGUGUGUGAGUGUGCACUACUGAUUGUGUGUGUGUGUGUGAGCCAUGGCUGCCGCAACAGAUGGCUCUGCCAAAACAGCAGCAGCCGCUGCCGCGUCCACAACAACAACGCUGCCAUUGAUGGCUAACGGCAGCAGCGCUGUCACCAAUAACAAAUCGCCAAAAAUCAAAGCUAACUCGCCGCAAUCGGUGGGCACAGCGACAUCGGCGUCGUCAUCAUCAUCAUCGUCAUCCGGACUGCCUGCUUCUGUGGCGCAUUUCUACUACAAGCAUGGACUUUUUCUGUCUAGCUAUCCAACAUGCGCCUCCAGCAUUGCCCUCAUGGCGAUUUUGCUUUCGUGCUAUCCACUGAUGAACAUACCGUUACCUGGCACAAUCCCCACAAAAAUCGUUUUGCCCUAUGAGGGACGCUACACUCCGCUCUUUGGCGAGGCAUCGCCACCAACAUUUUCCUCUGGCUUCAAUCAAAGUGGAAGCAGUGCAUCAGCUGCUGGGCAACCUCCGCCUCCGUCGUCGCCAUCAGGGUCAUCAUCAUCGGCGUCGACGUCGACGUCGUCGCCGCUGGUCAAUGGAAGCAGCAGCGAUCGAGGAAAUUUGCCUUGGGCGCAGAGCAAUCCGGCGCUGUACGUGCAACAGAUUGCGUUGCGGGUUAGCGUGUUGCCAUGGACAGAUGAAAUGCAGCUAAUGGAUGCGUUUCGAGCGCCGCUUUAUGAAGUUUUUAAAUUGCUCGAAAUUGUGCGCAAUCAUCAGAGCAGCGAGAAUCAGCGCACACUGGAGCAAAACUGUCUGCACGUGGAGAAUGUUAAACGAGGCGUCCAGGGUCAGCUCGAUCAGAUCUUUCCGGAAUACGGCUGCCUCCUGCUAUCACCGGCGAAUCUAUGGGCGCAGAAUACCCAAAACUUUACACGAGACACAAAUAUAUUGAACACAAUUUUUCAGUAUCAUAAUCUACAAAAAUCGAAAGUGUCAAUUGCGGAAAUGCUCUUUGGACUUCCCAUGCAGGAUACGGGAUUCAAACGCUAUCCGCUUCGUGCACGCUCUCGCAUAAUCCAGUACGCCAUGACGCUGAUCCUAAAGCAAAACGAUGCCGAGUACCUGGAGACGCUGAAGGAGAAAUUGUUGCGAUACUAUCCACCAUUGACAACGGGUCCAACUGGAGGAGACGUCGAGGAGCCCUCAACUAUCACAUAUAUAUUUUAUCCUGGCGAGUACAAGAUCUGGGAAUUCCUGCCGUUAUCCGUGGCCUUUAUCCUGGUGUUUGUCUACGUUUAUUUCUCCGUACGGAAGAUUGAUGUUUUCCGUUCCCGAAUGCUGCUGGCACUCUGUAGUGUGGUUACCACAUUGGGCAGCCUGGCGAUGUCGUUGGGACUGUGCUUCUUCUUCGGCUUGACUAUAUCCUUGCAGUCAAAGGAUAUAUUUCCGUACCUGGUCAUAUUGGUGGGACUGGAGAAUAGUCUGGUGAUAACCAGGAGCGUUGUCUCGAUGAACGAGACCUUUGAUGUAAAAAUACGCGUGGCACAGGCUCUGAGCAAGGAGGGUUGGCACAUCUCCAAGACGCUGCUCACUGAGAUCACGAUCUUGACUAUUGGAUUGGCCACUUUUGUGCCCGUCAUUCAGGAGUUUUGCAUCUUCGCCAUUGUCGGCCUGCUCUCGGACUUUAUGCUUCAAAUGCUGCUCUUCUCCACAAUACUGGCCAUGAAUAUCAAACGUGCUGAGUACACCACGGAGGCCAAGCAUCUGCCCAAGAUGAUGCUAAGCUGUACAAUGGGCAACGGACAGCAUGGAGCGGGCUCGUUGAGCCGCCAGGACUUUCGAUUCUUCGGAGCAGCGCCACCAACGCUUCCGCCAUUCGUGCCCGGCACUUUCCAACGUUCCCAAUCGCAUCCGAAGUUGUGCUUUGCCGAUGGCGUGGUCGCGGAUCGCAGCAGCUUGGUGAAUGGACAUAGCGGACAUGGUUCAGGCCAGGAGCCGCGUAUUCCCAAACGCAUUAAAAUUGUGAACUUCUGGGCACGCACGCGUUUCUUUCAGCGCGCCUUCAUGAUCUGGAUGAGCGUGUGGAUCUGCUCGAUUGUCUACAACUCGGGCUGCCUCGAACAGCUCUUCAGCAUGCAAACAAACGGCACCAUGAGCACCACCUACGAACUGCAACGUCAUCUACAAGCAACUCGCGGCGCUGUCAGCAGCUUUCUGCAGGGAUUCAAACAGACGGGCGAGCGGCUUGGCACGCCUAACUAUGUGACACCAGCAAUGGAUCGAGAGCAGUCGCCGUCGGAGGUGAACGAGACGGCGGCCGAAUUGCUACGCUUGAGGUAUCCCAACUUUGAACUGAACUAUUUUCUAUCGAACUUCCAUUGGUCGACCAUCAUGAAGCAGUACAAUGUGUCGCUAAGUGGGCAAUAUGUGACUCUGUUGCCCACCAUUCGAUUGACCCACGCCAUCUCGCCCGAACUGGCGACGUUGUUGCGCAAUCCGCAGGAGCAACUGCAGCAGAAUUUCCAGUGGAAAGCUUUGGCUGCGGCGCUGGAUCCCUUGGAUUUCAAUGAUGAUGAUGUGCGUCGCGAGUCGCCAAUGGUAAUGCCAGGAGGCAUGCCGCUGGUGCCCAAGAGUCCCAUGGAGAUCUUCUUUGCCAUUUUGUUGUGCUGCAUUAGCAUCUUUGUGCUCUGCUACACCAUGGUGGUCUUUUAUCGCUGCAUCUGCACGCGCAACUAUGCCGAAUGGCGUUCCAGUUGGCAUGAAUCGGAGGCGCCACACACACAAACCGAGCACAUACUUGAGGGUGUGCCCACACAGAUUGCUGGCCAUAAGCAUCGCAUUGAAUGCCUCGUAUCCGACGGCAACUACAUCAUCAGCUGUUGCCUGAAGGGUCAGAUCCGUGUCUGGGAUGGUCGCAGUGGCGAGCAGUUAACCAGCAUUGGACGCAACGAUAUGCAGAUAGCCCAGCCACGCCCGGAUGGACACACGCUGCUGCGUAAGCUGCCCAGUUCGCCGAUUUGGUGCAUCGACUACUUUGAUAAUCUGAUUGCCGUCGGCUGUGCCAAUGGACGAGUCGAGCUAUGGGAAGCACCCGCCGGUGUGCUCAAGUGUGCUUACCAAGAGGAUGCUAAACGAAAUCAGGGUAUAACGCACAUUCAUUUGAAUGGGGAUCGGGUGAUUGUGGCGCGCCUGAAUGGUCGACUUGAUUUCUAUCGUCUGGAGACCUAUUACAAGGGCAAGCAGAUCGAUUGGGGCUUCACCUCCGCCUACAGACGCACUCAUGUGCGAACUGGCUCAACGGGCAGUCUAGGAAUAAUGAUGCAGCAGCAGCAGAAACAACAGGAAGUCCCGCAAAAGACAACAAAGGAGGAGAUGAAGAUAACACUGGAGGGUGUGAGAUUGGCACAUCAGCAACCAAUUACCUGCAUGCAGGUGGUCAAUGACAUGGUCUUCACCGGCAGCCAGGAUCACACACUCAAAGUGUAUUGCCUCAACAAAUCGGAUGUAGAGUACACGCUGCACGGACACUGCGGCCCCAUCACAUGUCUCUUUGUGGACCGCUGGCAGCCAGGCACUGGUGGCUCAGGCUCCCAGGACGGGCUGCUGUGUGUCUGGGAUCUAUUCACAGGCGCGUGCAUGUACAACAUUCAAGCUCAUGACGGUGCCGUCAGCUGUUUGGCCUGUGCGCCCAGUUACGUCAUCUCGCUGGGCACGGAUGAGCGUAUUUGUGUGUGGGAACGCUUUCAGGGCAAUCUGCUGACCACCAUCAACAUCUCAAAUGCCUAUUCCAGCUUGUUAAUGCUAACACCAUCCCUGUUGGUAACAAGCAAAAUGGGUUCCCUAAUUGUGUGGGAUGUGCGAACGGGGCAACCUGCGCGAGAAGUCAAAUUGGACUUUGCCAACCUGCAGCUGUGCCCCAAAAUCAUGAUGCUCGCCUGCGAUUCGGUUGUUUGUGACUACGGCAAUGAGAUUCGCGUUGUACGGUUUCCCAUUGUGGCCGAUAAGUGCCACUAAAAGCCGAAAUGAAUUUAUUUUCUAAACAAAAAAAACAAAACAAGAAAAUGAAAAUGUUAUUAAGUUACAGUUAAAUUUAAUGAACAUGACACUUGUGUGUAUGAUAUAAUUUAAAGUUUAAUCUUACUGACGCAUUCAUUAAUUUAUAACCUAAGGCUAUCACUUUUAACCAGUGUCGUUGUGUUUAUUCCAUUAUACGGCUGCCUACCAUAAUAUAUAUAUAGAGUAUAUAUAUUUAAUAAUGUACAUAUGUCGAUGCAUAUGAAAAUGAUAACACACAUUUGUUUCACAUUAACAUACGUGCAGAUUUCUGCAUAAUACCAUCAUAGUGUCUUAAAAAGCCUCAACAUAAUAUUAAACGACUAAUUGUUAAAUUAUCUAUAUUUUAUAUAUUUAUUAGACUCAUGUACUCUUAAUUUUCUAUGUGAAAAGUAAAUCUG